UCCCACGUUUACCGGUCACACCGAACUUUCUCCUGAAUAAAACGCUACCAGCCGAAUGGUGUUGCCGAACAUAUGAACCCUAUCAACUAACCCAGCUGGGAAAAGCACCAAAAAGGCCGGAACAUAAAUCCCCAUCAUCACUUCACCAGCAGCGACGCUGCCUAAAAUCAGAAAGACGGAGCAAGUGGAGGGGGGUUUCCACUUUCCAGAUGAAGAUCCUUCACAUCCCAUGCUUAGAAGAUAAUUACUCCUACCUGGUAAUUAAUGAGAAAACGAAAGAGGCAGCAGCAGUGGACCCAGCUGAACCCCAUAAAGUUUUCCGAGCUGCCCAGGAGAAUGGUGUUCACCUUAAGCUCGUCCUCACUACUCACCACCACUGGUCAGCUCCCCGUCUUUGUCUUGGGCUCCAAAUGCAUUUUGAUGAUAGGGAUCAUGCUGGCGGAAAUGACAAGAUAAAGCAGAUAGUUCCUGGAAUCAAAGUUUAUGGUGGUUCGGUUGAUAACGUGAGGGGGUGUACCAAUAAGGUCGAAAAUGGUGACAGAAUUCCCCUGGGGGAUGAAAUCAGUAUAUUGUGCCUUCACACGCCUUGCCAUACACAAGGUCAUAUAAGUUACUACGUGACUGGUAAAGAUGGAGAGGAUCCUGCGGUCUUCACUGGGGACACAUUGUUCAUUGCUGGUUGUGGUAAGUUUUUUGAAGGCACUGCAGAACAGAUGUAUCAGUCCCUAUGUGUGACAUUAGGUUCACUACCAAAUCCAACUCGAGUUUUCUGUGGACACGAGUAUACCGAAAAGAACUUUCAGUUUGCUAUAACCGUUGAACCUGAUAAUGAAAAAAUUAGACAAAAGUUAGCAUGGGCUCAGCAGCAGAGGAGGUCUGGCCUUCCAACUAUUCCAUCCACUAUUGGGGAGGAACUGGAGACAAAUCCAUUCAUGCGGGUUGAUCUUCCUGACGUUCAGAGGAUGGUUGGCUGCAAGUCCCCUGUGGAAGCCAUUCGAGAGAUCAGGCAACGGAAGGAUACUUGGAAGCCUACUGCAUAAAUUAGAUGCAUAAAUAAGAUGUGCGGUGUAAUGUUGUUUCAGUUCUGUGGUGUGCCAUUGUGUAGUGACGAGAGAAUGCUCUGGCUCGAAUGCAAAUUGACUGGAUUUUGUGUAAUGUAAAUGCUAUUACGCUGUUAUUUGAUGUGCCAAAUUCGGCCACCGAUUUGCCAAAUGCAGCAAAAA